UGGCAGAACAUCGAUCCCCCGCAUGAUCUACUGGUUUCUCUCGACGAGAAAGCCCUGGAACAGCAAUUCCUGUUAAACCGACCCCGAGCCACCGAGAUGAUCGACACCAGCAGAACCACGUCCCCAAAGUACACGUCCCCGAAGGGAGUGGCCGCCUCCCUCCUCCCGGGCUACAACGACGUCAGCGGCUCCGUCAUCGUCGACUGGGACGGGUAUCCGCAUUUCCUUUCCCCGCAGGAGGAAGUCGAUCGCAAACUGCAGCUGGAGGCAGCGGUGCAGGAGCGGAUGUUGGGGUUGCCGAGGCGGACGGAGUUCGCCUGGGAGCGGCCCGGUGCCCACCAGCAGGAGGGUCAUUAUGCUCCGCCGAGGUAUACGCCGGCGAGCUCGAAGUCCGGAUCGCGGUCCUCG